CUUGGUGUCCUCCGGUCUUCCCCCAGCAUCCAUACUCCCUCCCCACCGACAAACUAACGAAACGAACCUGAAAGACGACUGUCUCCGCCGGAUUAUACCUAUCAGUUCAGGGACUACUUCGUCCAUCCCACCAGUCAAAACCCUUGGUCGUCCUGCAUCUUCCUUCAAAGAUUAGUUUACAUGGCGUCCGGACUAAACCCCGGUUCUCUUUCUUCUCCCAGAUUACGACCUCGGGCUGCCACAACAAUGCAACCGACCACCGCGUCGACAUUAUCCUCACGUCGCUCGUCGCAAGUCAUGGCUCCUUCAGUCGCUGCAUCUCUACCGAGCACUCAUACAGCUGCAAUCCCAACCGUCAGCGACCAGACAAACAACAUGUCUACGUCGGGUCCACUUCGUCAUCCCAAACCGCUCACUCCUUCCGAUAUCCAUUCAAUGCUCGAGCAAGAGCAGGAGGCAAUGGUAAAUCGCUUGUCGCGAGAGCUUUCCCUCCUUCGUCAACAAACGAACUCGGUCGCAUCGACAGCCUCCUCGACAUCCACCACCCUUAACGACUCGGUAGAUGGGCUCCAUGCAUCGCCAUACAUGAUCAGCACUGCGCAUCCCACAUCAUCGCGAAGACACCGCUCAUCCUCCAGCUUGAGCUCCUCCUACAUCCCAGCGGUGCAAGGCUCGCGAGCGGGAAGUGUUUCCGGCAUUGCUCCUGCGCGAGAGACAUAUCUUCCUUCGACCCGUCCUGAUCCCUCGCGACCGGGCCGAAGCAGGGAAUCAUCGCUCACCUCUCAUCGACAAUCGGAAGGGGCGUUGCCAUCAACGCCAGGAUCUCAUCAUCAGACACAACCGACUGACCACCCAGCCCAUCUUGCGGGCAGCUAUCCGCACCGCAGCUCGCUGUCCCAGCAGAAGACGCCCAGUAUUAAUUUUACAAGCCGCCAUGAAGAGGUUCUGCAGCAGCGCGGAGAAGUCGAUUCGCUCAAACGCGAGAACGAGAUGCUACGCCGACGUGUGCGAGACCUUGAGUCUGUCAUCUCAAAGAUUCAAUUACAGGAGUCGACUCCUUCUCAUCUGAGAGACGACAACUCCCCAUCUACACCUACCCCAGACUCAAAAGAGCCAUCCGGUACGGAGACUAAGGAAUGAGAUGGAGAUGUCUAAAAGCUUCUUUGGCUAUAGGUUGGGUGCUAUGGAUGAAUUACGGAAAGCAGGAUCUUUCAGCCGUUAUUUUAUUCGCUUUGCUUUGCUAUUUUUUGGGUCAGAUUUAUUAUUUUACUGCUAGGUUGUUCGG